AUGUCAGAAUCUGUGUUUGUGGGCCUGUGUAGUACCGAGUCUUCAUCUAUUGUCGCUGUGAGGCGAGAUAUGAUGGACAUUGUUGAGAAAUUUUAUGAUCUAACCGAAAUGAACCAGACUUAUGUUUGUAUCGAUAGUGGGAGUUACAGAGAAGGUUUCAGAUUGGAGGGAUCCGAUAGGGACAUCAUGGCCUGGUCCAAGCAACAUCGAGUGAUCUGGGAUUUAUCUCAAGUGCAGUAUCAAUCAAUCAAAUUAUCACAUAUUUUUGCUGAUUGUUCUGAAAUUCCACCUGGAUUUGCUUUACUUCAAUUGUUAACACCAACAACUGAUGAAACUGUCCUUAGAAGCUGUUUUAGAAUGAAUGACAAAUUCUAUAUAUCAAGUUCUGUCCACAGACAGACGAAAUGUUCAGCUGCUGGAAUUGAAUCUAAAAUACACGGACCUUGUGUAAGUAGUACUUGCGGACAGGUAGAAUAUGACAUUGCUCAUGGUUUUGUAAGUGACUUCUGGCCUCCAGUUGCAUCUUCAUGGAUAGAGCGGUGUCAAAUUUGGCCUUCAUAUCACAUUGUAACUGAUAUAUUCAAAAGGGGUUGUCACUUUGUUGCAAUAGGAAAUAAAAUGGGAAAUCAUGAGGACAGCGAAUGGAGAAUUUCAUUCUCUUUGGCCGAACAAAAACUUGUAUACUCGAUGAAUCACUACCAGUUCUUGAUUUAUGGUUUGCUGAAAAUUUUCCUUAACGAGGUCAUCAAUAACACUCCAGAUGAAGACAAUUUAUUGUGUUCUUAUCAUAUGAAGACAGCCGUGUUUUGGGCAAUUCAGAGCGACACCUUGUCUAGUCUGUCCACAAAACAUUCUUGA